AUGACCAAGGCGCCCUUCUCCGUCGAGUGGCUUUCUCAGAGCAGCCAACCGAGCACGCAACGCCGGACCAGGGCAAGAGAGGGCAAAGAGGCCGCUUCGUCCUCCUUUCCCGACGGCAUCCCGGCUCAACAAGGCGAUCCUUCGCCCGACGGCCAGCAGGCGGGAAGAGGAAGCCAGCUGGACGACGGGACGGUUGGACCCGAAGUCGAGGAAGCGCCUUCCAAGCAUCUCCCGUCACUCCAGAAGAACCUGGGCACCUCCUCUUCUUCCUCCGCAGGACGCCCUCUUUUUCUGCCAUCAGCAUUAGCUGCUCCGAAGCAGGCGUGGAGCGCUACAGAGUCUGGCUCCGACGGCGAGGGCAGCGUUUCCGAGCGCCGGAGCCCGGAAAGUGGCAGCGGCGUCCGAAGCACCAGCACCCGUCGCUUACGUACCGCUUUCAGCCUGGAGCAGAUCAGCACCCUGGAGAGCUCCUUCAAGCGGCACAAGUACUUGGGCGCUGCAGAGAGACGCAAGCUGGCCACCAAGAUGCAGCUCUCCGAAGUUCAGAUCAAGACUUGGUUCCAGAACCGGCGGAUGAAGCUGAAACGUCAACUGCAAGAGAUGAGGCCAGAAGCCUUCCAUUCAGCUCCAUUCUAUAACCCACUGCCUUUUGGACCCCAAAAUGGUCCCCUAUCCUAUGUUUACUCCCCACAGCAGCAGCCUUUCAACAGGAGAGAAGCCAGCCUGCCUUCUGGCCUCCCCUUCCCUCCAGUGUCUGCUCCCACCCUGGAUCCAAGAAGCACCUCUGAAGGGCAGUCAGCUGCUCUUUGGCCAAUGCCCAUGCCCUAUUUUUUGGGAUACCAUGACCCUAGAACUCUCUUCAUGGCCCUCCGGUGA